AUGUACCCAGGCCUCCUUCCGGACCUAGCAUCCCGCGGAAUCCAUACAGUCAACAUUGCGACAGACGAGGAGGGCUUGUCCGAUUCGGCACUGGCGUCCGUGCUGGAGAAUUGGACAUCACACGAGCAGACGUCUAAGAUGCGCUUUCCCAAGGCCAUAUACACGGUACCGACAGGCAGUAACCCAGCCGGGACAACGGCUUCGGCGGAUCGCAAGCGUAAGAUCCUUGCACUUGCACGUCGACACCAGGUGCUUAUUAUGGAGGACGACCCCUAUUAUUACAUUGGCUUUGACGGGCUCGGGGAAGAUCCUGUAACGCGUGAACGUAUCCCCAGUUACUUUGCCCUGGAAAGAGAACAGGCUGAUGAAUAUGGGUAUGGAUAUGUAUUACGCUUUGAAAGCUUUUCGAAAAUCAUGUCGGCUGGUAUGCGACUGGGCUACGUUGUGGGGCCGAAGCCUAUCGUCACGGCCAUCGUCGCUUAUACGGCGACGAGCAGUAUUCAUGCAUCAUCACCAAUCCAAGUGAUUGUGGCACAUCUGCUCAGACACUGGGGUGUGAAUGGGUUCCUCCAACACGUGGACAAGGUCGCAAGCAUGUAUCGGGAGCGUCGUGAUGUCUUUGCGUCCAGUCUCGAAAAGAUAUUGGGCAGUGGUCCUACUCCUGUAGCCACAUGGACGACGCCCGUGUCAGGCAUGUUUUUCUGGCUGAAGUUGCACUUGCCGCCGACGCCUGAAGCGCCAGAGGGCGACUCGUUCCAGGUUAUUGCGGAAAAGGCGCUCGAUGAAGGUGUGCUUGUUGUUCCAGGAUCUUCGUUUUAUGCGGGUGGGUGUAAGACGCCAUACGCUCGUGUCAGCUUCAGUGUCAUUCCCGAGAAUGACAUAGCCGAGGGUCUGCAUCGCUUGCGCCGCGCGAUUGAAUCUGCAUGGAAGGAUGCAGGAUACAGCACAAUCCCACCAAUGUAA